AUGGAAGGACAUAAUUCUUAUUCAGAUGCUGGCUCUAAACCUGCCAGCUAUCCCCGCAUUACUGAAAUCUCCCUGUUGGCUUGUAAUGACUCUUGUGAAAAGCGAGCGAUGGCUUUUGAAGAGACUGGUCACUCCUUACCUUCUAGUCCAACGUCCAAAUUCUCCCGCCGCAGAGCUAUGAGUCAAAUUGCUUCUCCAAUCGUCGACUUUGAUGUGGCCAUCGCAGAGAAGCCAUAUACAACCCUCCAAGGCCGUCGAUCAGAAGAAGGGCCAACGUCGUACUACAUCAUCAACCCCAGAGUCCCCGGUUUGGCUUGGUAUUUAACCAAGGAAAAGAGCAAUUCCGAUACACAUGAAUAUGAGGUUGAGAGAGUUCCGACACAUGUUGUUGAUAUCCGACUGAAUCACACAGGAUACCUGGUUGAAACGGCGAUCCGGGACGACGUGACUGGGGUUGCUGGAGGUCAGUCUGUAUCCUGGACCCCCAAAUGCCAAAAUGGUUGGUCUACCAUAUCAACGUCUUCCAUGAAGAAAUCGAACGAUGGCACAGAAGCCGAACCCGGUAAAAGGGAUAAUCGAUUCGAAAGAUGUGACUCGGAGGCAGAUACCAAAACGCGACUACACAAUGAGUCGACCAUCAUCUUGGACCGCCAGGACAUUCCUCUCAUCACGGAGAGGAUUAUUCAUCAGUUAAACGCAGCUGGACUAAAACAAAACUGCCCUUGCACGGCAGCGGGCUCUAGAGAAAAUGACAAAUCAUCGUCUCAAGAGAACAGAGAAUUCGAGAAUAUCAUCGAAGCUACACUAAUGGAAUUUAAAAGAUCCUUACAAGGCAGUGACUCGCCUAAGACAGAUGAAGAAAACACUUCAACUCCAAGCAAACUGCCGGCUCAGUUUGCACUGGGGAACGACAAUCAACAUAUCGAGCUGCGGCGGUCUGUAGUCGCGGAUCCAGAAAUUACUCUGAGCAUACCCCAGACCCCAUUCACCACCGCAGACUCCAACCGCAAAAUCAAUGACGCUAGAGAAAAGUUGCACAAAGAAUCGCCAACAUUGACAACAUUAGUUUCGCCACAAAGCGCUACCUCAAUCACUUGGGCGAAACUUGGUGGCUAUUUGGGGAGGCCAUCCUUGUCCCCAGAGUCCACCAAUAGUCCCUCAGACGAGAACUCUGAGAGCAUGUCUCAAACUCGUCGAACUUCAUCCUGUCAUGACGACAAACAAGACCAAGAACUGGAAACAUCACAGGCCUCCAUUGGUUCUUCAAGCGUUGCGUCAACCAUCACCUCGUUUCCGAAACUUCUUUCGCGGCAUUGUACCCGAGAAUGGAUCAAGCCUCUGACUAGCCUGGAAGAUACAUCGACCGAUCUAUCCUAUCGAGGAGUAGAUGAUCACACUAACCGUGUUUAUCACAACCACCAGGCGUCUUUUACUGAGACACCGGUCCCAAUGUGCUGGCCUGGUGAUAGCUUCCAAUCACCUAAUACCUCAGGCUACUUCACAGAUGAAGCUCCAAACACUAGGCGCACAACAGUGUCACAGUCUUCUCUGACAAAUGUCAAGAGCUUUGGGACUCAAAUCGGUUCGGCGGCGCAUCGACGUCGAAGUACAUCAACGUACAACUCCAAGGCUUCACCUACACAAGACCACUUCCUUCCUAAUAUCCUCGGAAAAAUUUUUUUUGGAAACGGGUCAUUCACGGAACGCAAUUCUACUGCAUUGAAAGAUGGAACGGGGAUACAAGAUGUACUUGUUGGAGGCAGUACGGUAGUGGACAGAAGACGUCACCGUGAUACGUGCUCGGAGGAUAAUAGGCCUCAUGUGUGCGAGGAUGACAUGGACAAUCGUGUGGUGAAUGACUAA